AUGACGUCACGUUCAGAGUUCUAUAAGUUCCCUGAUGCUCCAGUCCGACAUAAUUUCCAUUACAGGCCUUGCCACUCACCUGGACCUAAAGAAGGGCUUCUUGAGCGCAUCAAAGGGCUGCAGGCUGAACUGGAGGAUCGGGCUCUCAGGAGCUUCAAGUUGACCAUCACUGUGGAUCCCAAAUAUCAUCUCAAGAUCAUUGCUCGCAAGGGUGCCAUAAUCACCCAGAUCCAUACUGACCAUGAUGUCAACAUCCAGUUCCCUGAGAAAAAUGACGAGAACCAUGACCAGCUCAGCAUCACCGGCUAUGAGCAGAAUGCUAUAGCAGCACGUGAUGCUAUCCAAGGCAUUGUUGAUGAACUGGAGGAAAUUAUAUCUGAGGACAUUACCUUGGACAGCAGAGUUCAUGCUCGCAUUAUUGGUGCUCGUACCAAGGGUAUCCGCAAAAUCAUGGAUGAAUUUAAAGUUGAUCUUCGGUUUCCUCAGAGCGGAGCUGCAGAUCCCAAUUUGGUUACUGUAACUGGCCGUCCAGAGAUGGUUGAUGAAGCCAUAGAUCAUCUCCUGAACUUGGAAGAGGAAUGUAUGGCUGAUGUGGUGGAAGAUGAGGCCAAGAUGGCCUACAUGAAGCCAUCUGGCACUGCAGCAGCCAAACCUGAGGAACCCCGUGGGCCCUCCAAUGGAUUUGUGGUGAGGGAGGCACCCUGGGCUACCAGCAGUGAGAAGGCCUCUGAUAUGAAUAGCUCCGAGGACUUCCCCAGCUUCGGUACUCCUGUGGCUGCUGCCAAAGCUUCUCCAUGGGGACCAAAGUGUUUUAGAAGUGACCUGUGGUUGGUGGAUGUCUCUGUGAGCAGCAUGCGUCAGUGUGUGUUCAUUCACACUCUCCAGGCCUGAACGCUCUGCGGUCAACCACACUUUCUCGCUCCUAGCACAGAACUAAGAGUUAAGAGAAGUAAAGGCUGAAGGCUGACGGAGGACGACUGAAAGACAUAACCUGAGAUACUUUUUAUCCAACAUAC